GGAUCCGGAUGAUUUGGAGAUCAGGGUAAACAAACCCUACAGAGAGGAAACCGGGCGACGGUCACAGGACUCGGUGUUAGACCGGCCGGUGAAAGGCUCGCGGGCGGCUGUCUGGGUCAGUCCGGUUCUAAAACUGUUUAAGGCUUUAGAACCGAGUCUUUUAGCACCGGAUACAUUUAUACAGAUCGCAGCGUGUUUAACUGCUUUUACAUAGAUAGAGUUAUAGCUUAUAAAUCUUAGACUUCUCUCCUACUUUCACUUUCAUUUCAUCAGAAGUCACUGACUGACUACCGCGGAGACAACUUGAAGAAAUGGACCCCGGAUCUGGCAUGCCAAGAAAGAUCCCAGAAGAACAGAUUAACAAAAUCAAAGAAGCACUAGGGUCUGUAGUCCCUCGAUCACUUAUAACUCUCAUGACUGUGUUCACUCAGUUUAAGUUGGACAUUGCUGUAAUAGGAGAUUCUGGCUCAGGGAAAUCUACACUCAUUAAUGCAUUUCUUGGACUGCACCCCGAUGAUGAAAAGGCUGCUAAAACAGGAGUUGUGGAGACCACAAUGGUGGCGAAAAUGUAUAUAUACCCAAAUAAUCCCCAUGUAAGGCUGUGGGAUCUUCCAGGGAUGGGUACGCUCACUUUUGUCGCAAGAAAAUAUGCUGAGACAAUGAAGUUGGAACUGUAUGACAUGUUCAUUGUUGUGGUGUCUGAGAGAUUUAAAGACAACAACUUGACUCUAAUCAGUGAAAUUCAAAAACAAACCAAGCCAUUCUAUGUUGUCCGCACAAAAAUAGACAACGAUGUGACUGCACAGAGAAGAAAACACAACUUCAAUGAAACUGCUUCUUUAAAUCUGAUGAGAGACGAAUGCUUGAAAUAUCUACAUGAGAAGAACCUGCAUCCUCAUGUAUUCCUAGUGUCAUGUCAGGGUAAAAAGGGCUAUGAAAUGCAAAACCUACAGAACACCCUUGAGAACGAGGUGCCAGAGCUCAAAAGAGAUGCUUUUCCAAUCUUCAUGGACAAUCUGUUCACCUCAGCUCGAGGGAAAGCAGCGGCCAUUAAGUGUCAUGCUUUGUCCAAUAAGAAAAUUACAGAAAAGGAUUUUCAGGAACUACAAAAAAUACGAACGCAAUUUUCAUAUGGAAAUGGGAAAGUCAAAGCAACACUGGAGGCUUUUAACCACUUUCAACUUGAUGUGGCUGUUUUGGGUGAGACAAAAUCGGGGGUAACCACCCUGGUGAGUGCCCUAACUGGGCAGGGAAGUGGUGCCAGUGGCUCAAUAGAUGAAACAACCCCAGCAUUGAGUCCCGAGUACCCUGAUGUCCGAUUUUGGGGUGUUUCGGGAGUAGAGGAAGUUAUGAACAGUUCAUUGGAGAUGAGCCUAAUUUUGGAUCAUUUUGAUUUCUAUAUAAUCAUUGUCUCAGACUGGCAGAGGAGCUGCCACUUAGAGCUUGCAAGAACCAUAAAAGACUUAAGUAAGCACUACCACUUUGUCCAGACAAAGAUUGAUUGCCAUUUGCAGGCCCAGGAAGACUUGGGAUGUACCGAGACUGAGGUUCUGGAUGGUCUUCGAGCUCAGUGUGCUGAAGAGCUUCAGAUGGCAGGAGCUGCCGAAUCACAGCUGUUUUUCAUUAACAGUUUGGACAGAAACGCCUUUGAUUUUGUCAGUCUGGAGAGCGUACUGAGAAAUGACCUGGAUACUGUACAGACAAGUGCUUUUGCAUAUUAUGUUGCUAAAUGUGCACGGAAUCAAGACCCAAAAACCUGUCAGAUAUUGUAGGUCCUGCAUUUGAGCAAUAUUAGCAAGAGGGAGCACUUAAGAUAAAGACAUUUAUAGACUUUCUCUCCACUUAGUAGGAAAGAUUUUUU